UUCCAUUUCAAUUUCGGAUUUCCUUAUCUAUUGCUCAUCAAUGGCUUCUCAAAUCUCCUCUUUCCCCUUGAAUACUGGAGCUAACAUCCCCUCCCUUGGACUUGGAACUUGGCAGGCCACUGAAGGUCUCCUCACUAACGCCAUUUCUGCCGCCCUCAAGAUUGGUUAUCGCCAUAUCGAUUGUUCUCCAGUGUAUGGAAACGAGAAAGAGAUUGGUUCAGUUCUCAAAAAGCUUUUUGAAGAAGGUGUAGUUAAGCGUGAGGAUUUGUGGAUCACUUCCAAACUCUGGUGUACUGAUCAUGCUCCAGAAGAUGUACCUAAAGCACUGGACAGAACCUUGAAAAUUUUACAGCUUGAUUAUCUUGAUCUAUACCUUAUCCACUGGCCAGUUCGGAUGAAGCAUGGAUCUACAGACUUUGCCCCAGAAAACCUUGUUACGCCAGACAUACCAAGCACAUGGAGAGCCAUGGAAGCACUCUUUGAUUCUGGAAAAGCCCGAGCUAUUGGUGUAAGCAAUUUCACCAUGAAGAAACUUGGAGAUUUGCUGGAGGUAGCUCGUGUUCCUCCGUCUGUCAAUCAGGUGGAAUGUCACCCAUCAUGGCAGCAGGACAAACUACGUGCAUAUUGCAAAUCAAAAGGAGUUCAUCUAAGUGGAUACUCUCCAUUGGGUUCAUUUGGAACAACUUUUAUGUUCAAGGGUGGUGAUGUUCUUGAAAAUCCAAUUCUUAAAGAGAUUGGUGAUAAAGUUGGGAAGACUCCUGCACAAGUUGCCCUUCGUUGGGGACUACAAAUGGGUCAUAGUGUGCUCCCGAAAAGUACUUCUGAAUCGAGGAUCAAAGAAAAUUUUGACAUUUUCGAUUGGUCGAUACCUGAAGAUUUGUUUGCCAAGUUUUCUGAGUUCCAUCAAGAAAGGGUUCUUAAAGGAGAAUUGUUUAUAAAUGAGAAUUAUGUGUACCGGACGCUUGAGGAAUUGUGGGAUGGAGAGACCUAAUGGUGUUUUCUAAUAUAAUAUCAUUUGGAGAUUUGAAGGAUAAUCUCAUUUGUGGUGUUUGGGUACAAUAAUGGUUGUGUAUGAAAAUAUAAUAAUUCAAGUUUUCAAGUAAUAUCAUUUGGGGUUUUCCUCGUAGAUGGUGUAGUCUUUAGAGUAUAUGUUUGGAGAAGCCUUAAAAGUUGAGUAUGUUUGCCAUUACUGUGGUGGAGGGGAAGCAGUGGUGUUACAUUUCUUUUUUGGGAAGUAGAGAUUCUAAGAUUAAAGCUUUAUCAUCUAAUUGAAGGGGAACAAUUACUCUAGUUUAAAGUUUGAGUGUGUUGGAAAAA